UUUCUAAAUCGUAUGAAACAUGAGCAAAACUCAAUAUUUACAUUCAAGCAAUUGUAUGAAAAUGAGCGGCGUAUCAGACACAGCAAGUGUUGUAAAACAGCUUAAAUAUAGUGUUAAACUAGCUUGCAAAGUAGAGUCCCGGCAUUUUUGCCGCGUGCGGGUAAAUUAUAAUAUAUAUAACAUAAGCAAAACAAAACCCAACCAUGGAAAGUCCACUUCAACAUAGGCGUAGUCUACUUCGACAGCCUUUAAACAGCACGCAAAACAAUCAGUCACACAAUCUGUCGAUAACUUUGCUGCCGGAAGAGCAUGACUUGUUAAGGAACAGCAGCUCUGGAGCUAUGGGACUUUUGUCUCGUAUGCAGAAUCGCACAGUGACUGGACUGGACGUGACUAGCCUUAGCGGCGACAGCACUCUGUUAACGGAUAACAUCGAUGCAGCGGAUCACGGAAUCGGCAAAAUUGACUUACUCUUUGCACAUUUCUAUGAGGUGCUGCACACGCACAACAACACGAACGAUACCCUGGAUGUGGUGCAACUGUUAGCACAGGCUUGCGAGCAGGUUGUCGAGCAGCUGGAGCUGGAAAUUGACCGCGGCAUGGGCGGCAAUCACGGCACCCAGCAGCGCGAGGCCAGUGUCAAAUGGCUGAAGCAAGAGAUUAACACCUGGCGCCUGCUUCAUGCUCUUUACUAUGACAGACUGUUGCUCCAAACUGAUACGCAGGCGGAUGAUGAAAUGCAGGAUGGUCCACUGCUGGGAGGUAGCGAAAAAGAGGUUAUCCAGCAGCUGUAUUCCAUAAAUGCACAGCUGCGCGAAUAUCAAAUGGUGGUGGAUUGGUUGGAGAAGUGCUAUGAGGAGAAGGAUCAAGCGAAUGCGUUACAGAGUCACGAUCGCAUGAUGGCCUGGGAAAACACGCUAUUUCAGCUGGAGAAUCUGCAGGGAGCAGCAUUUGGUCGUGGCCAUGAAAUAUGCAAGCAACUUGAUCCGGAUGCGCCGGUGCGCGAGGGUAAACCACUGCACGCUUUGGACAUGGAGGACAACGUACGUUUGGGUCGCGCCAUUUUUGCAGCCAUACGCAGCGGACACAUCGAUGAAGCCCUCAAGCUGUGCAAGCACUUCGGUCAAACUUGGCGUGCUGCCAUCUUGGAGGGCUGGCGUCUGCAUGAAGAUCCCAACUAUGAGCAGCAUUUGCCCGGUCAGACGAAUGAGAAGUUGCCCAUCGAAGGUAAUCCCCGACGUGAUAUUUGGAAGCGUUGCGCUUGGCUGUUAGCCGACUCAAAAAAAUACGAUGAGUACACGCGCGCCACGGCGGCCGUCUUCUGUGGUCACCUGGGCGCUUUGAAGACGCUGUUACACAACAGCUGGCAAGAUCUGCUCUGGGCGUAUAUGAAGGUGCAAAUAGACAUUCGUGUGGAGAGCGAGAUUCGUGGUUGUUGUAUGAAACGAUAUCAGCCCAUGCCGGACGAGUAUUGGAAUGGCAAAAUGACACUGGAACAGAUUUUUGAUGAGCUUAGCGUGGCCAAGGAUGUGUCUGUGCGGGACUAUGCCCAGUGCCAACUGGGCGUAAUACAACAGAAUAUCAUACUGGACACUUGCGGCGAGCUGUUGCAGCAUAUGUGUCGCUGGCUGGAUGCCGUACCCAAGGACUCGCAGUUGCCGCCCCAUCAGCUGCGGUUCAUGGCGCACAUUGUGCUGUUUAUGCGCCAGGUUGGCCGAGUGGAACAGCAGGGACAACAACAGCAGGCCGAACGCAUAAUUGCGGCCUAUGUAGAGACAUUAAUCAAGCGCGGAGAUCCGCAGUCCAUUGCCUACUACACGGCGGGCUUGCCCAAUAAGCUACAGGUGCAGCUCUAUGCCAAGUUUCUGACCCAAAUUGAUGAGAAGCGACAACGUGAACAGGCUCUGGAGGCGGCGUUGCAGGCGGGUCUGGAUGUGGAACAAAUAACCCGUCACACAGUUGAGAGCAUACGACUGGACAAUGCUCCACCCAGCGCAUUGGGUGAACCCCCAACUGGAGCCAUUUCGACAGCCGACAAACGCAAAAUUCAAUCACUCGAGUAUCUAACUCAUUUGGUCGAGCAACGAGGGGAGCUGCUCUGGCAGGCAAAUGCCAUGAUGCGUCACUAUUUGGCCAGCAACAAGAUUGAGUGUGUGCGUCAAGUGUUUGCCAUGGUGCCCGUGGAUGUGACUAGCCAGUUGAUCACAAUUUAUGGCGCCCUGGACAACUUGGGACCCCGUGAAGAGUGCAGCCUAAAGGAGUUCCUGUGCUACAAGGUUUACUUGGCUGGCGUGGACAGCUUCAAUGAGUGGGUACGACUGCAGCAGGCUCGCCCACAACCACCACAAAAGGACACACAGAAGCCCGGCUACACGCAGGACAAUUUCACGGAGCGCAUGAAUGCGCAACACAAAGAGCAGACCUAUAUCACUGAAGUGGCACGCUGGGAGCAAAAGGUCAAGGAACAAUCUAAGCUGACCACCGAUGCCCUGUUCAAUGUGCUGCUGUUUCCUGAGAAAGGCUGGCUUAACGAUCCCUUCAUCGCGAAAGAGCCAGAGAAUUCAGCGCUGCUGCACUGGGAGAGCCGAAUCUUGCAGAUGGAAAAGCUGCGUUCUAUUUGCCUGCCAGAGAUCGUGCUGCUGCUGCACGAUGUUUUGGCUAAGUCGGGCGAUUAUGCAGGUUGCAUACGGCUGGCGGAUGAGAUUGCCGAUGAGCGUCGACAGCUCUACAAGGUGUACACGAAGCACAAGCUUGCCGAGCUGCUGGGAAAGAUUGCCGAUACUUCGCUGCAGCUGCUAAACAAUAAACUGGAUCCAUGGGGUUAUCCUAUCACUGCCUAAACGGAAUAU